AAAAAUAAUAAAGCUGGACAGGCUAGCUUUCGAAUACAACUGCUAAAAAUCGCCUUUCUACCGAGAUAAAUUUCCAAGUCCAAGACUAAACAAAAAGCCGGAAAGCGAAGCGGUCGAAGUAACAAAAAUGCAACGUACUCGCAAAAUUAACAAUCAACGUCGAGACGUAUUGCCAUGGCGUAACUUUAAAAUAAACUUUAUGCUGCAUUAUACAAGUUUCAUUGCGUGACACCAUUUUUUCAAGUUCGCAUUUUGUAAUCUGAUAUAUAGAUGAAUCGUGAUUUAUUAGUAGGACACGUGUUGGAUGCUUUUGUAAAACAUUACGGAAUGCAUUGCAUUCUGAUCUUAUUUUAACAUGCGUCAUUAAUUUCAAAAGUGUCCGCACUCGAAUAUACUAUGUAUACGCGAUUUUUUUCAUAACGAAUUUAAUGCGCUGUAUUCGUACUAUUAUCAAAAUAAUCUUCGACAAUUAUUCGCGUCUCGAAAUAUCAAGCACGCAUUUAUUUUUCAAUAGUUUCCAUUGUAUCGCGAUUGAAUGCCAAGCUACAAAGUAAAAGAGUUGGAUUUUUUCCAAAAACUUUCAUCAGAUUGAUUUUCUUUUAUUUGCGGCUAUUAAUAGACGUCAAAAUAAUACUACAACUUUACGGUUAGUCGUUACUCUUUCUCUCUCUCUCUCUCUCUCUCUCUCUCUCUCUCUCUCAGAUCUUUCGUCAAUCGUCAAAGUUGUGUUUGCGGACCGGAAAAAUUGUCUCGCCGAUAAUAAACAAAGAAAAUGGCCAAAAAGUUAUCUUCGGACUAUCGUCGAGAGGAAAGCGAGGUGAUGCACGCCGGCCCGCCCCUAGACCUCUCGUUUAAAAAUGCCAAUACGAUCGACGAACUGGUCAAGCACACCGUGCAGUCAAGUCGCGUCGGUCGUCUCCCCAGCAAGAGCACGAAUCAUCUCUAUCUCACGAGCUCUCUCUGGCUGAGCAACAACUCCCUGAAAUCGGUCCAGCAACUCUGGGAUCUGGCCAAGACGUUCCUCGAAAGUCCUAUCGACUUGCGCUGGCUGGAUCUUGCCUACAAUCGAAUCCGGGACCUCGACGACGAGCUGCUUCAAUUCAAGAACCUAACUAUUCUAUAUCUUCACGGCAACGACAUAUCCGACAUGCGUAUCGUUUCAAAACUUAAAAUGCUACCAAAUUUGCGGACCUUAACGCUCCAUGGGAAUCCUGUUGAGCAGACAAAGUCAUACAGGAGAUACGUGAUUGCGCUUUUACCGCAGAUUUCGAACCUGGACUUCUCACCAGUGAUCGAGGCAGAGAGGAAAAGGGCAUUGCCCACCGGAUUUCAUAAGAUAAUGCAGUCUGAUUCAUAGUUUUUCUUUUUUUCUUUUUAUUAUUAUUAAUAUAUACGCACACACGCAUGUUCGUCACCACAGGAUUUCGCGAUUCACAAAAUUGUCCACACGUUGUUUUUACCUUAAUGCACAAUAUACUAUGAUUAAAUUUAUAACACCAUGUAUCAACUCUCAUUUCUUUGUAGAAAAAUUAGCCGUUACGCGGUUGUGUAGGCUCAUUCUAUCAUUACAUGUGAUAAUUUCAUAAAAUAGUCUUGCUAAU